GCUACGCGAGUAGAAAAUUUUUGUACAGAAGAAGCGUCCAAGGAGAGUAAACGCCGUGACCGUGUGUUUUCCUAACAUUAAUUGCCAAUAAAAUACAAAUAUUCAUUUGAAUAACAAAUAAACAAUUGUGUUAGCCGAACGCCAAACGUAAAUAAACUAAAGCAGUGCAGUGCAAUAUGAUAAUAACCUGAAAACAGAGCGUAAUCCGAAACAAUUUUAAAUGAAAGUUUUCGUCUGCGUGAGAAUUUGUGCAAAAAGAGUAGAGAGAAAAAAAGGAAAAAAAAAUUGCAGCGUUCGAAGUUGAAGGUGAAAAGCAAAAUGCCAAUGCAAACAAAUAAUAGUCACAUAAAUAUGCCAAUAUUAACCAAAAUAAACGCUGUGUAAAAGCAUUUAAACUUAAAUUUUCAUACGAAAGCGAAACUAUUUUGUACACAAAGUAACUUGAUUGCAAGUGUGUGCGUGUGUGUCUCCGUGAGUGUGCGUUAGUGUGUGUGUGUGUGUUUGUGUGCAGGCCAGUUGGCGUUGUUUUUGUAUUGCUUCUUCUCCAUCUCGUGAAUAAAUAAUGAAAUGGAAUAGAAAUCCUGAAAAAACAAAUGAUGUUUACCAAGGGCAGCAGCUGCUGGUGAAGACAACAAAGAAAUUACAAUUCACGCGCUAAAAUUAACUGACGCACUCGACAACGUAUCCAAAUAUCCCCAUUAACCAAGUCAAUACAUUGUAACAAAUUUCAAAAUGGAUAUGGAUCUGGAGAAUCUAAAGAAUGAUUUUCUGCCACUGAUCAGUGGCAUUAAACAGGAGCAAUUGGAUUCGGUUGCAGCGGAUGUCUUGCCACAAAAUCAUUUACCCAGCACGGCAGCUACAACAUCCACAUCCUCCUCAUCGUCAUCGUCUGUUGGCAAUCCGUGUGACAGUGCAGAAAAGCGGUCGGAAUCAAAUUCGUCGGCAUCCGCUAAGUUUACGCUCUUUAAGUGCGUCUAUUGUGCCCAAGUGUUGGGCAUAAAUGAUCGUCCUAAAUUGCUGGAAUGCCUGCACGUGGCAUGUGGUCAAUGUGUGAACACAAAGUUUUCAGAAUUGGAUCGUUCGUUGCCGCCGUUAAUACACUGUCCAGUGUGCGAUAAUGCUUCACAGAAUGAAUACAUUAUUGAGAAUCAGUUCCUGAUCGAGCAGUGUGCUAUUGGAGACAGUGGCGAUGGCAAUGGUUCCACCGAUGGACUAAAGAGUUCGGUUACGGCCAAUAUACAAUGCAGCAGCUGCUCGGAUGGAGCUGUGGCCACAUCAUGGUGUGUGGAUUGCUCGGAAUAUAUAUGCGAUAAUUGUGUGCAGGCGCAUCAGAGACUCAAAAUAACCAAGGAUCAUACGAUCAAGCCAAAGGAUGAGGCCAACAAUGAGCAGCUGGUGGGCACUGGUGGUGUCGAUAAGCUUCAUAUGUGUCAGCUGCAUACACAGGAGAAGUUGUCGCUGUUCUGCGAGACUUGCGACAAGUUGACCUGCCGCGAUUGUCAGCUGAGUGAUCAUCGGGAUCAUAAGUAUAAGUUUGCCCAUGAGAUUGCAACGGAAUCGCGACAAGCGCUAUCGACACUCGUGUCUGAGAUUAACUACAAACGCUUCCUACUCUCGUCUGCGACAAAGGUGAUCGAUGAUCGCCAGCAGCUGAUACAUGACAAAAAGAAGGAUCUGAUCAAGGAAAUAACCGCCAUGGUGGUUAAGAUCACCAACACGGUAAACAUGCGUGGCAAGCAGCUGGUUAUGCGAUUAAACGAGGUCUGUGACAGCAAGCUGAAGGUGCUCGUCGAGAAGAAGGAAACACUGCAGCUGCUCUCCGAUAACACAGAUCAUUGCAUCGAAUUUAUGCAGAAUGCCCUUGAGAAGGGCAGCGACUUUGCGAUAUUAUCGAGCAAAAAAUCUCUUGUGCGUCAUCUGCAGAAACUCAAAUGCCAGCGAGCGGACAUACCAAAUCCAGAGAUUCCUGUGCGGAUUCAAGUGCAGCUAAAUCAAGUCGCCGAACUGCAGAAAGUCAUCUCACAGCUGGGCAUUGUUAUUGUCGAUGGCAAGCCAUAUCCACCGGCUCCAGCGCCCUCGCCAAACGGACCGGCGCCGCCCCCACCGCGACAGCAACCCAGCCCCAAUAUGGCACCACCAUUACGUCCCGGUCUGCCGCCGGGCAUGACGGCGGGCCUCUCACCCAACGGUCCACCAGGCGGCUUUGGGCCACAGAACGGACCGCCCAUGUACAAUGCGGCUGCCCAACAGCAAUUCAACAAUCUGUCCAUGAGCCGCUCCUUUCCGGGCGAUGGAUCAGGUAAGGUGCGAUUCGGUGGCAUGCCGACUGUGGGUAUGCAACGUCAGGGUCAACCACAUGUCAGCUCCUCCACACAUCCGCAGAAUAUGGAUAUCAGUCUGCGUGGUCUGUUGAACAAUCAGGCGGCACAGAGUCCAACCGCACAUUUGAGCUUCAAUGGGCCACCCAGCUAUCCAGGUGGUCCGCAGGGCAAUCCUUCGCCGGCACAUCAGCAGCUGGGUCCACAAAUGCGUCCACAUUUCAUGCCGGGGCAACAAAAUUUUGGCCAGGGUGGUGGCCCGGGCGGUGGGCCGAGAGACAACAACAGUUUUAUGAACAGUAAUGCGCGCUUCCAGACGCAAUAUCAGCGCCAUGUUCAACAUCAAGCAGCUGCGGCUGCCAUGGCCGGAGCUGGCGGGGGUGGGGGCGGACAGAUACCCUCACCUGGUGCCCUGCAACGACCACCAAUGAUGCCCAAUCCAAUGCAGAAUGCGUUGGGGUUUCAUGGGAGCCAGGCUGGCUUUAAUGCUGGCCCACCACAAACGUCGCCGCAACUGAGUAGCGCCAUGCACAGUCUGGCCAAGUGGCAUAUACCACAAUCCGCGCAGCAAUCCAGCAUAUGCCAACAGCAGGGUCCUCUCUUACCAUUCGCAAACGGUCGACAAACAUCAGAAAAUUUUAAAAUCUCAUUGAAAUCUCCAAAUACUCUUAAGAACAGCACACCACCAAGUUUAAGCAUAGGUGGAUCAGCGCUUCCGGGCUUGGGCAUUAGCCCAGCCGCCGUCAACUGCACAGCACAGCUGAAUGCCGCUGCGUUAGGACUUGGUCCAGCUGUUUCUAUACUCUCCAAUGUCACAUCGACAAAUCCAAAGACACCGAGCCCCAGCACGCAUGAGAACUCCAAGGACUUUACUGAACCUAUAGACAAGGUGCGUGAUGACUCAAUUAAUGAUCUGAUUGCAACGAUUGCCAAAUUGGACUCGAAUGGUGUACAGGUGCUGCCUGAGGGACGCACCAAGACCACCUCGCCACAGGUGCACAGCUCAACGGAUUUAUCCAACACUCAGGAAGUUAAUAAUAAAAAUGAACAAAAAGAUGAUCCCAAUGAGGAUUGGUGUGCCGUUUGCCUGGAUGGCGGUGAAUUGAUGUGCUGCGACAAAUGCCCAAAGGUAUUCCAUCAGAAUUGUCACAUACCCGCGAUAAGCUCCUUGCCGGACGAGAGCGAAAGCUGGCAAUGUCUGCUGUGUGUCAAUCUCAAGGAGAUGUCUAAAACCGAGGGCACCGAGAAGGCGCAACCAGGUGAACUGAGUAGCCUGGAGCUGAGAAUAUUGCAGCGCAUAUGCCUGGAGCUGUACUGUCAGUACGAACAAAGUCUUAACUUCCGUGAACCGGAAUCGCCAGCCAACUCACAGUACUAUGAGAUUAUUUGCAACCCCAUGUCUUUGGAUGUUAUACGCACUCGUCUGGAUCCCUCCAGUCCCAAUCAUUACAAGGACAUUGCCGGUUUUGUGUCCGACGUACGUCUGAUAUUCAAGAACACAUAUCUUUUCUAUCAGGAGGAUUCGAAAACGUACAGCAAUGCCAAGUAUUUGGAAAACUUUUUUGAAGAGCAGCUCGCCAAAUGGUUGCCCAACUUUGGUGGCAAAAUCGGCAGCGGUGCUUCCACAUCUUCGAAUUCACCAAACUUGAUGGCAGCAGCUGCUGGUUCUCCUGCUCCCAUUGAGAAUGGACGUAAAAGUUGCGGUUCCGCUUCGUUGGCAGACAGUGAGGAUUCUGGCUUGCCAGCAAAACGACCGCGUCGAACGGUGCAUGAAUAGAACGAGCUUUUGCCCGACGACAAGGGCAAGGCGCAGUCAGAAGAGCAACAGGAGCAGCUAGAGCAACAACACUCGGAGCAGACAACGCCAGAAGAUGAGGGGCAGCAGAAGACUGAUUCCAAUUUGCCUAAUUUGGAGUUGGACUUGCCACAAAGACCACGUAGUCUGGGCAGCAAUGCAAUACAAGAAAGCGCCGACUAUGUGCUUCAAUUACUGCAUGCAUAUGCCGCCGCUUUUGGCCUCUAAGCUGUCAGUUAGGGUGACUCACGAAAGAACAUAUCCACACAAACUCGCAGUUACCAAGUUAUAGUACACCAUUGUUGUAAAUUAAUGAAUGGCGCUAAACAAAAAUAGUUACAUAAUAAUCUUUGAGAAAAUAUUUAUAUUUAAGCAUUUAGAACAAAACCAACAAUAACAAUUGUAAAUAUGCCAAGUCAUUUGAUAUGAUUUAUUGAAUAAUGGAAUAAUGCAAGCAUCAACUCGAUCGUCGCUAGUUAAGUGAACUGCAAAUAUGUUUUAGAUACAGUCUUAAGUGUUGAUUAUACAUAUGUAAACAGAUAUACCAAGUAGAGAUUAAAUCUUAGUUUAAGUUUUGUGAAACCAUCCUGUCUUUCAUAUUAACUUCACUAUAAACUCUUGGGUACUCCCAACUCUUCUCUGACCCCAUAACUGUAAGAGUUGUAUUUACUUUUGUGAUAGAGAUAAACAAUAAAAAUGAAAAAUGAACAAAUUAUGUCCUAAUAUGUAAAAUAUAUAUUACUGCAUACAUGCAACUCAUUUUAUUUUCUUUUGUUUGAUAUUUUUUCAAUUUUCAUCUCUUAUGCUAUGUACGAUAUUUAUUGCCCAUACUUUAAAUAAAGUAUCAAUCUAUAAUUAUUAUUUUUUUAAAUCCAUUUUAUCCAUUGCACACGCUCCCAUUCAUCAAACAGCAAACAUUCGUAUACCAUAUAAGAAGACACUUGUAAUAAGUUGCAAAAUAGAAAUAUAAGUUGAAAAGAAUCAAUCACACAAUAUUCAUACAUAUUUAUAUAAGCAUAUAGAUCUUUUAUUGUUGUAUGUUUGUCGUUUUAGUAUAAAGAGCCGGUCAGGCAAGCAGCCAAUCAGUCUACUAGAAAUCCCCAAUUAGAACCAUAAUCUUGAACUAAUACAUAAUGAAUAUACAUAUUAAUAUGUAAUUGUAAUUCUAAUUAUUUUCACUACAUACAACCAGUUAAAUGCUGUGCUUAUUACCUUAUUUUUAUCUCGUAUGUAUGAUAUCGAAUCCAAAAAUGAUAUAGAAAACAAAAUCGAAAGAAAACAAAAUUCGCAAAUAUGCGAAUAUUUUUAUAAAUAUUUUAGCAACUUAUAAACAAUACCAUAUCUCCUAAAUUGAUCUAUACAAAUACUGAAAGAAAAAUAAAGUAGAAGGGGCUGCUUAUCCUAAUAAUGUCACACUUGAAAAACACAAUAAAA